CUUCGGUGGUCUGGGCCCAAGAAUUUGGCUACGGAAAAAGUCAUGAGUUCGACCUGUGGGGCGAGUGCAGUGGAAAGCACCACAGUCCCUUGACCAUCGACUUGAUUAAUGCCUUCGAGAAGGACUUCUCCGAGCUGGAGUUUAUAAAUUUCGACGUGGUGCCCAAGACCUUUGAAAUGUCGAACAAUGGAUACACGGUGCUGGUGAAGAUGGGUUUCGACAAGGACACCGUGCCGACUGUUAGGGGAGGUCCAUUGGCGGAUAAGACCGGUUCGGGCUACCAGUUCGAGCAGUUCCACUUCUACUGGGGCGACAACGAUACCUUUUCCAGCAAGGACAUGACCAAGAGCCAAGUUUACCUCUUCGAGCUCCAUUUGGUACUACGGAAUUUAGACUAUCCAGACUUUGCUAGUGCUCUGGAGAAGGAUCAAGGCAUCGCCGUGUUGGCCUUCUUCUUUCGAAUUGGCUUCGUACCUGCCAAGAGCUAUGAGGACUUCACCAACUUGCUCGCCCAGAUUGAUCAGAAAGGCCAGGCCGUGAACAUGACCAACCCACUGCCUCUGGGGGAAUACAUUUCGAAGUUCUUGGAAAACUACUUCACCUAUGCUGGUACUCUGACAGUUCCACCUUGCAGUGUGGAGGUAACCUGGUUGUACUUCCCAUAUAACAUCGAAAUUUCGGAGGAGCAGUUCAAUGUUUUCCGCCAGCUGACAGCCCAUGAUGACCAUCUGAAGAACGACUUUCCACUCAACCAGUCGUCAAACGAAAUAACUUUGUACAAGAACAGAGAAGAUCGUAAUGGUUCUCAUAGUGUGCCACUUGUAAAUGUAGCAAACUCGGCUGUCAAAUGGGUGCCUCACUUAAAGGGAGUCCUGAUUUCUGGUCCUUUUCUCGUACCGCUGCUGGGGACCUACGUUUUCAGCGGUUUUUAAUUAGAGUUCGAAGGUUAAAUCGAUAUAUGCCUAGCAUGCGCUUAAGCGCCCAAUUAGUCCUGUCAGCAGGACACCCAUAUAUCUGCGGAUAAGAAAUGGGCGGACCAUUUAUUAAACCCAUAUGGUUCUUUAACACGAUACCCUUUAUCAUCAAUUAUUCAGAUGUCGCUCUCGUUGACAUUGCGCAUUGUGACUUUAAAUGCUUGUCACUUUAAAAUGUUUACUUUUAUUAUAAAUAAUAAUAACAGCUUAGUACGUUUAUUGAAGGGUUAAAAAACACAUUUUUUUAUAAACAUAAUGUUUG